AAUCAGCAUCAUUAGCUCUGCUCUGCUCUUCUUUCCUGAUUGGCGUGACAUGCGUCAGACACCGAUAAUGACUUGAUUUUUGUUUGAAUUUCUUGUCAAAACAUGGCUGAUAACAGCGACACAGAGAGCCAGAGCACCCAAGCGGUUGCAGAGGUACCGUCUCUGGUGAAGUAUUUGCGAAAAAUCGUGCCCUUGUUAUUGGAGGAUGGCGAGGCCUCGCCAGCGUUGGACAACGCCCUUGCAGACAAAUCACGCGUCGAGUGUAUGAAGAAAUUUCUCUCAGACACUCAGACACAAAGUCUUCUUGUCGAGCGGAACGUAAAUAAGGAAGAAGAAGAUGAUGAGACAAGUGUGGCAUCUGAUGUCACUGAUGCAGAAAGUGAAGUCACAUUCAACAUCUCUAGUGAAGUUCACUUUACCAACACCAAAAUGACAGGUGUUGUUUUCCUGAAGCGUGGCACCAUCAUUGAUGCAGAGAAGUCCAUACCCAGCCAAGUCAGAGUCAUCAACUUGAGUGAAGGGUCACCGUUUGAGACACUUCAUGCCUACGUCAGCAAUGCGAUGGCUCCCUACUUCAAGUCAUAUGUGAGGGCUUCUGGCAAAGUGGACAGAGACGGUGACAAAAUGGCUCCCUCUGUUGAAAAGAAGAUUGCGGAGUUGGAGAUGGGCCUUCUACACCUGCAGCAGAACAUUGACAUCCCUGACAUCACCCUGCCUAUCCACCAGGUGGUAUCCACCAUGAUUAAGAACUGUGCCAAGGAGGGUCGCAAGCCAAAGGUCAAUGACUUCAUGGACAAGGUGGAAGAUUCCGUGUUCCUCAACAACUUGCAGCAUGGCGUCAAUCGAUGGAUCCGAGAAAUCCAAAAGGUGACCAAACUGGACCGUGAUCCUGGCUCCGGCACUGCUCUUCAAGAGAUCAGCUUCUGGCUGAACCUGGAGCGAGCCCUCAUGAAGAUUCAGGAGAAGCGCGAGAGCCCCGAGGUGGCCCUGACCCUGGACAUUUUGAAGCAUGGCAAGAGAUUCCACGCAACAGUCAGCUUUGACACAGACACAGGGCUGAAGCAUGCACUAGCCACAGUGGCUGAUUACAGCCCAUUGAUGAAGGACUUCCCAUUGAAUGACCUCCUCUCAGCCACCGAGCUGGAUCGCAUCCGCAAUGCACUAGUCAGCAUCUUCAGCCACCUGCGUAAGAUCCGCAACACCAAGUAUCCGAUCCAGCGAGCACUGCGAUUGGUGGAGGCCAUCUCGAGAGAUCUCAGCAGUCAGUUGCUCAAGGUUCUUGGUACCAGACGCCUGAUGCACAUCAGCCAUGACGAGUUUGAGAAGGUCAUGAAUGCCUGCUUUGAGGUCUUCAGCACCUGGGACGAUGAGUAUGAGAAACUGCAAGGCUUGCUGCGGGACAUUGUCAAGAAAAAACGAGAGGAGAGCCUCAAGAUGGUCUGGAGGGUCAACCCCGCCCACAAGAAGCUGCAGGGUCGCCUGGAACAGAUGCGCAAGUUUCGUCGACAGCACGAGCAACUUCGUGCCGUAAUAGUCCGAGUCCUGCGCCCAGCUGUGACACAGGUUGCAGGGAGUCCAGGUACCACACCCGACGAGCCACCAGGAAACAUCAAUGAGCUGAUAAUGGAUGCUGCUGAUGCCAAUGCCAUUGAAGAAGUGAAUUUGGCCUACGAGAACGUGAAAGAGGUGGAGAGCCUGGAUGUCAGCAAGGAAGGGAAUGAGGCAUGGGAGGCAGCCAUGAAACGAUAUGACGAACGCAUCGACCGCGUGGAAACACGUAUCACUGCCCGUCUGCGUGACCAGCUUGGCACAGCCAAGAAUGCCAAUGAGAUGUUCCGCAUCUUCUCGCGAUUUAACGCCCUCUUUGUGCGACCUCACAUUCGCGGUGCCAUUCGUGAAUACCAGACGCAGCUUAUCCAACGUGUCAAGGACGACAUUGAGUCACUGCACGACAAGUUCAAGGUCCAGUACCCACAAAGCAAGGCGUGCAGAAUGAGCAAAGUCAGAGAUCUCCCUCCAGUGUCAGGUUCCAUCAUCUGGGCAAGACAGAUUGACCGCCAACUGAGUGCUUACAUGCAUCGUGUGGAGGACGUCCUUGGCAAAGGCUGGGAGAAUCAUGUGGAAGGCCAGAAGCUCAAGGCAGAUGGAGACAGCUUCAGAGCCAAGCUUAACACCCAGGAACUCUUUGAUGACUGGUCCAGGAAGGUUCAGAUGCGCCAGCUGGGUGUGUCUGGUCGCAUCUUCACCAUCGAAAGCCAGAGGACCAGGCAAGGAGGCAAGGGCAACCUCUUGAAGCUCAAAGUCAACUUCUUGCCAGACAUCAUUACUCUGUCCAAAGAGGUGCGGAACUUGAAGUGGCUAGGUUUCCGUGUUCCCCUGGCCAUUGUCAACAAGGCCCAUCAGGCCAACCAGCUCUACCCCUUUGCCAUCUCCCUGAUUGAGAGCGUGCGGACCUACGAGAGAACCUGUGAGAAAGUGGAAGAGAGACAGACCAUCACGCUGCUGGUAGCUGGCUUGAAGAAGGAAGUCCAAGGGCUAAUCGCAGAGGGUGUUGGCCUCGUGUGGGAGUCCUACAAGCUGGACCCUUAUGUGCAGAAGUUGGCCGAAGCAGUCUUCAAUUUCCAAGAAAAGGUUGACGACCUCCUUCUGGUUGAAGAGAAGAUUGACAACGAAGUGCGAUCCUUGGACCACUGCGACUACAAUGCCAAUAUCUUUGCCGAAAUUCUGAGCCACAUCCAGAAGGAAGUGGAUGAUCUCAACCUGCACUCUUACUCCAACUUGCCACAGUGGGUGGCCAAGCUAGACAUGGAGGUUGAGAAGAGAUUGGCACGACGGCUGCAGGCUGGUCUGCGAGCAUGGACCCAGUGCCUCCUGGGCAAAGACACAGGCAUGGAGGACAGUAUGGACACAGAUGUCUCCAACAAACACAAGCCAGGAGGGGAACCCAAGAUCACGGGCAUGAUUCACGAGAUCCGCAUCACCAACCAAGUCAUGUACCUGUCCCCGCCCAUCGAGGAGGCACGCUUCCAGCUAAUGCAUCAGCUCUUUGCCUGGCAACGCAUCAUCACUGGCCAGAAGCGCCUGGAGAGCUCUCGCUACCAAGUAGGCAUCGAGCAGCAUGAGUCCAACAAGACCGCCGUCUACCGCACACUGCUGGCUAAACUACCCGAGGGCAAGCAGGUCCUGGAAGAGCCCUACAAAGCCAUCGAUACCAUCCUCAAGCAGGUCCAGGAGUAUGUCAAGGAAUGGCUGCAGUACCAAUCCCUGUGGGACAUGCAGCCCCAUAACGUCUACACUCGCCUUGGAGAUGAGUUGAAACUGUGGAUGCAACUGCUUGUGGAGAUCAGACAAUCCCGCACCACGUUUGACAACGCAGAGACACGCAAGGAGUUUGGCCCCAUUGUGGUAGACUAUGGCAAGGUACAGUCCAAGGUCAACAUGAAGUACGACUCCUGGCACAAGGAGAUCCUGAGCAAGUUUGGCAACAAGCUGGGAUCUGAGAUGACAGACUUCCAUGGCUCCCUGGCUAAGUCUCGCACUGAGCUGGAGCAGCACUCAGUGGACACAGCCAGUACAUCGGAUGCCGUCAGCUUCAUCACCUACGUACAGAACCUCAAGAGGAAAUACAGAGCCUGGGAGAAGCAAGUUGAGAUGUACCGUGGAGGUCAGAAGCUGUUGGAACGUCAACGUUACCAAUUUCCCUCCAGCUGGCUGUAUGUGGACAACAUUGAAGGAGAGUGGGGUGCUUACAAUGAGAUCAUGAAGCGCAAGGACACUGCUAUCCAGCAACAGGUUGCCAGUCUGCAGAUGAAGAUCGUGUCAGAGGAUCGGACCGUGGAGGCUCGCACCACUGAGCUCUUGACGGAAUGGGAGAAGAAUAAGCCCAUCGAUGGCGAGCUGAGGCCAGACCUUGCUACCAAUGCCCUGACCAUCUUCGAGGGCAAGUUUGCCCGGCUGAAGGAAGACCGCGACAACAUCACCAAGGCCAAAGAGGCUUUGGAACUCCAAGAAAUUGGCGUGGCGAGUCCCAGCGAGGAGAGAGUGCAGGUGGCUCUGGAGGAGCUGCAAGAUCUCAAAGGUGUCUGGUGUGAGCUGGCCCGCAUCUGGGAGCAGAUUGACGAACUCAAGGAGAAGCCCUGGCUGUCAGUGGCUCCCCGUAAGCUGAGGCAGAGCCUGGAUGCACUGAUGACCCAGCUGAAGAGCUUACCGGCACGGCUGCGCCAGUACGCCUCCUAUGAACAUGUGCAGCGGGUCCUCAAGGGAUAUGCCAAGGUCAACAUGCUAGUGGUGGAGCUGAAGUCAGAAGCCUUGAAAGAGCGGCACUGGAAGCAACUGAUGAAACGGCUCAAGGUCAGCUGGGUGCUGUCAGAGCUGACCCUUGGCCUGGUGUGGGAUGUUGACCUACAGAAGAACGAGGCCAUUGUACGCGACAUCAUCAAUGUAGCACAGGGAGAAAUGGCCCUGGAGGAAUUCCUCAAGCAGGUACGUGACGUCUGGCAGUCCUAUGAGCUGGAUCUGAUCAACUUCCAGAACAAAUGCCGAGUCAUCCGUGGCUGGGAUGACCUCUUCACCAAGGUCAAGGAGCACAUCAACAGCGUGACAGCCAUGAAACUUUCCCCUUACUUCAAGGUGUUCGAGGAGGAUGCCCUAGCAUGGGAGGACAAACUGAACCGUAUCAAUGCCCUGUUUGAUGUCUGGAUUGAUGUCCAGCGCCGAUGGGUCUACCUGGAUGGAAUCUUCUCUGGCAGUGCUGACAUCAAGCACCUUUUGCCAGUUGAGACCCAGAGGUUCUCAAGCAUCAGCACGGAGUUCCUUGCCCUGAUGAAGAAAGUGGCCAAAUCACCGCUGGUGUUGGACGUGGUCAACAUCCCUGGUGUCCAGCGUUCCCUGGAGCGACUGGCUGACCUGCUGGGCAAGAUCCAGAAGGCUCUUGGAGAGUACCUAGAGAGAGAGAGGGCCUCCUUCCCAAGAUUCUACUUUGUUGGUGAUGAAGACCUCCUGGAGAUCAUUGGCAACAGUAAGAAUGUGGAGAAACUCCAGAAGCACUUCAAGAAGAUGUUUGCCGGUGUGGCAUCCCUGAACCUGAGUGAGGAUCUCAGCCUGGUCUUGGGAAUUGCCUCCAAAGAGGGAGAGGAGGUUGUGUUCAAGACCCCUGUGUCCAUCACAGAGCACCCCAAGAUCAAUGAAUGGCUGACCCUAGUGGAGAAUGAGAUGAGGGUGACAUUGGCUAAGCUGCUAGCUACGGCUGUAGUGGGUGUAGCCCAGUUCCGAGAGGGAGACAUUGAUGCAUCAAAGUACCUGGAAUGGGUGGAUCAAUAUCAGGCCCAGCUUGUGGUGUUGUCAGCCCAGAUCUCCUGGUCAGAGUCCACAGAUAAAGCCCUAGGAUCCAUAGCCCAGGGUGGGACUGGGGACAUGGCCCCUCUCAAGGGCGUGCUGCAGACAGUGGAGAGCACACUGCAGGUCCUGGCUGAUUCGGUGCUACAGGAACAGCCGCCAGUCAGACGCAAGAAGUUGGAACAUCUGAUCACUGAGCUAGUCCACCAGCGUGAUGUCACCCGUAUGCUGAUCCAGAACAAGACCAACAGCCCCACAGCCUUCGACUGGCUGUGCCAAAUGCGUUUCUACUUUGACCCCAAGCACACGGACGUCCUGCAGCAGCUGUCCAUCCAGAUGGCCAAUGCCCGCUUCAACUACGGCUUUGAGUACCUGGGUGUGCAGGACAAGCUUGUCCAGACACCACUGACUGACCGUUGUUACCUGACCAUGACACAGGCUCUAGAGGGAAGGCUUGGUGGAUCACCAUUUGGUCCUGCUGGUACCGGCAAGACAGAAUCUGUGAAGGCCUUGGGCCACCAGCUGGGACGCUUUGUACUGGUCUUCAACUGUGACGAGAGGUUUGACUUUCAGGCCAUGGGUCGCAUCUUUGUGGGUCUGUGCCAAGUGGGAGCCUGGGGAUGCUUUGAUGAGUUCAAUCGUUUGGAGGAGAGGAUGUUGUCAGCUGUGUCUCAGCAGAUCCAGACCAUCCAGGAGGCACUCAAGGAGAAACUGGGCGAGACCAAAUCCAAAGAGCGCAUCAGUGUUGAGAUUGUGGGCAAGCAGGUGCGUGUCAACCCAGACAUGGCCAUCUUCAUCACCAUGAACCCUGGCUAUGCCGGCCGCUCCAACCUGCCUGACAACCUAAAGAAGCUCUUCCGUUCCCUGGCCAUGACCAAGCCUGACAGGCAGCUGAUUGCCCAAGUCAUGCUGUACUCCCAGGGCUUCCGUAUGGCUGAGAAACUGGCCUCCAAGAUUGUGCCCUUCUUCCAGUUGUGCGACGAGCAACUGUCAUCACAGUCUCACUAUGAUUUUGGCCUGCGUGCUCUCAAGAGUGUCCUGGUCAGCGCUGGUAAUGUCAAGCGAGAUCGCAUCCAGAGGAUCAAGGAAGGGCUGGCUGAGCGUGGAGAGAAGGUGGAUGAGGGGACCAUCUCUGAAGGCUUGCCUGAGCAAGAGAUCCUGAUCCAGAGUGUGUGCGAGACCAUGGUACCCAAGCUGGUAGCCGAGGACAUCCCCUUGCUCCACAGUCUGCUGUCAGAUGUCUUCCCUGGUGUCCAGUACACUGAGGCUGAGAUGAAGGGUUUGAGGCGUGAGCUGGCCAAGGUGUGCCAGGAGAUGUAUCUGACCUACGGUGAAGGAGAUGAGAUGGGUACACAGUGGGUGCAAAAGGUGCUGCAGCUCUACCAAAUCUCCAACUUGAACCACGGCUUGAUGAUGGUUGGUCCUAGCGGCAGUGGUAAGAGUAUGGCUUGGAAGGCAUUACUCAAGGCCCUAGAGAGACUGGAGGGGAUGGAAGGAGUUGCUCAUGUCAUUGACCCCAAGGCAAUGUCCAAAGAAGACCUGUAUGGUAAUCUGGAUCCCAACACCAGAGAAUGGACUGACGGCCUCUUCACACACAUCCUCAGAAAGAUCAUAGACAACGUCCGAGGUGAGAUCAACAAGAGACAGUGGAUUAUCUUUGACGGUGAUGUGGACCCAGAGUGGGUGGAGAACCUGAACAGCGUGCUAGACGACAACAAGCUGCUGACCUUGCCCAAUGGAGAACGUCUGAGCUUACCUCACAAUGUGCGCAUCAUGUUUGAAGUGCAGGACCUGCGCUUUGCCACCUUGGCUACCGUCAGCCGCUGUGGCAUGGUAUGGUUUAGCGAGGAUGUGCUCAGUACGGAGCUUGUCUGUGAGAGCUUCCUGGCCCGCAUGCGCCAUAUUCCUCUGGAGGAGUCUGAGGACCUGGUCCCCACCAAGGAGUUGAGCAAGGGUACUGACAAGGACAAGGAUGGGAUAAUAUCCCCCCUCAUGCAGAUCCAGACUGACUGUGCUAACAUCCUGGCCCCACACUUCACCUCCGACGCUUUGGUCAUCCGUACCUUGGAGUAUGCCUUCACCCAGGAGCACAUCAUGGACUUCACCAGACUGAGAGCCCUAGGCUCACUCUUCUCAAUGCUGAACCAGGGAGUUCGCAACAUUCUGCAAUACAACAACACCCAUCAUGACUUCCCAAUGCAGCGGGAACAAAUGGAGAAGUACAUCACCAACUACAUGAUCUACUCCAUUCUGUGGUCCUUCACUGGUGACAGUAAGAUGAAGGCUCGUCAUGACAUGGGAGAUUUCAUUCGUAGUAUCACCACCAUCCCGCUGCCUCCUGCUUCACAACAGGCUAUCAUUGAUUAUGAGGUCAGCAUCACCGGUGACUGGAGUCCUUGGCAGAACAAGGUGCCCCAGAUUGAAGUGGAAACACACAAGGUGGCCUCCCCUGACGUGGUGGUGCCGACCCUGGACACCGUGCGGCACGAAGCGUUACUGUACACCUGGCUAGCUGAGCACAAGCCCAUGGUGCUCUGUGGGCCACCAGGUAGUGGCAAAACCAUGACGCUGUUCAGUGCCCUCCGAGCCCUGCCAGACAUGGAGGUUGUUGGUCUGAACUUCUCCAGUGCUACCACCCCAGAGCUGAUGUUGAAGACAUUGGAUCACUACUGCGAAUACAAGCGGACACCGAGUGGGAUCGUCUUGUCCCCCAUCCAACUCAACAAGUGGCUUGUGGUCUUCUGUGAUGAAAUCAAUCUGCCAGACAUGGACAAAUACGGCACACAGCGGGUAAUCUCUUUCCUGCGUCAAAUGCUGGAGCACGGUGGCUUCUACCGCACGUCUGACCAGAUGUGGAUCACCUUUGAGCGGAUCCAGUUCGUGGGGGCCUGCAACCCUCCCACUGACCCCGGUAGGAAGCCACUCUCACACAGAUUCCUGCGCCACGUUCCAGUGGUGUACGUAGACUACCCAGGUCCAGCCUCCUUGGCCCAGAUCUAUGGGACAUUCAACCGUGCCAUGCUGCGACUCAUCCCUAGCCUACGCACCUAUGCCGAGCCACUCACUAACGCCAUGGUGGAGUUCUACUCAAUGUCGCAAGAACGCUUCACCCAGGACAUGCAGCCACAUUACAUCUACAGCCCUCGUGAGAUGACUCGUUGGGUGCGUGGUAUAGUAGAAGCAUUGCGCCCUCUAGAGAACUUGUCUGUGGAAGGUCUGGUGCGCAUCUGGGCCCAUGAGGCACUGCGUCUCUUCCAAGACAGGCUUGUUGAAGAUGAGGAACGCCAGUGGACUGACGAGAACGUCGACGCGAUCGCCACCAAGCACUUCCCCAACAUCAACAAGGGUGAGGCACUGAAGAGGCCCAUUCUCUUCAGCAACUGGCUGUCCAAGGACUACAUCCCAGUGGAGCAAGAAGAGCUGAGGGAUUAUGUCAAAGCUAGGCUCAAGGUGUUCUAUGAGGAAGAACUGGACGUACCCUUGGUGUUGUUCAAUGAAGUCCUAGAUCAUGUGCUGAGAAUCGAUCGUAUCUUCAGACAACCACAGGGUCACUUGUUGCUGAUUGGAGUGAGUGGUGCUGGUAAGACGACUCUGUCUCGCUUCGUGGCUUGGAUGAACGGUCUCAGUAUUGUACAAGUCAAGGUUCACAACAAGUACACAGCAGAUGACUUUGAUGAAGAUCUGAGAGGUGUCCUUCGGCGAGCAGGCUGCAAGGAUGAGAAGAUCUGCUUUGUCAUGGACGAAUCCAAUGUGUUAGACUCUAGCUUCCUGGAGCGCAUGAACACACUGCUGGCCAAUGGAGAGGUGCCGGGACUCUUUGAGGGUGAUGAGUACACCACAUUGAUGACACAGUGCAAGGAAGGAGCACAGAGAAAGGGUAACAUGCUGGAUUCCAGUGAGGAACUCUACAAGUGGUUCACUCAUGAGGUGAUGCGUAAUCUUCACGUGGUGUUCACCAUGAACCCAUCAUCUGAAGGACUGAAGGACAGGGCAGCAACUUCCCCUGCUCUCUUCAACAGGUGUGUGCUGAACUGGUUUGGUGACUGGUCUACUCAUGCCUUGUACCAGGUUGGCAAAGAAUUCACCAGCAAGAUAGACCUAGACAAGUCAGAUUAUUGCCCACCAACCACUCUGCCACUUGCCUACGAAGGGGUCCCCAGCACACCAACCCACAGAGAAGCCAUCGUCAAUGCCUAUGUCUAUGUACAUCAGACGUUGCAUCAGGCCAAUGAGAGAGUGCAGAAACGAGGUGGACGGGUCAUGGCCAUAACACCCAGACACUACCUAGACUUCAUCCAUCACUACGUGAAGUUGUACCAAGAGAAGCGGUCAGACCUGGAAGAGCAACAGCUUCAUCUCAACGUGGGCUUGCAGAAGAUCAAGGAGACAGUGGAGCAGGUGGAGGAACUACAAAAGUCCCUGGCUCGCAAAAGCCAAGAGUUGGAAGCCAAGAAUGCUGCUGCCAAUGCCAAACUCAAGCAGAUGGUGAAAGACCAACAGGAAGCAGAGAAGAAGAAGGUGACAUCCCAAGAGAUCCAGGCUGCCUUGACUGUACAGACCGCUGAAAUUGGAGAGAAGCGAGAAGCUGUCAUGGCUGACUUGGCCAAGGUGGAACCAGCAGUACGUGACGCCCAAGCAGCUGUGAAGGGCAUCAAGAAACAGAAUCUGGUGGAGAUCCGGUCCAUGGGCAACCCCCCACCCCUUGUCAAGCUGGCCUUGGAGUCCAUCUGCCUCCUCCUUGGAGAGAACACAUCUGACUGGAAGGCCAUCCGGGGUAUCAUCAUCAGGGAUAAUUUCAUCAGUACCAUUGUGAACUUCAACACAGAGAACAUCUCUGAGGAGACCCGUGACAAGAUGAUGAAGAAGUACUUGUCCAAUCCUGACUAUAACUUUGAGAAGAUGAACCGAGCCAGCUUGGCCUGUGGCCCCAUGGUCAAGUGGGCCAUUGCUCAGAUCAGCUAUGCCGACAUGCUUCAUCGUGUGGAGCCUCUGCGCAAUGAGCUGGAUCGUCUGGAGAAAGAGGCCAAUAAGAACAAGAUCAAGCAGGAACAGGUCAACAAGCUGAUUGCUGAUUUGGAGCAUAGCAUUGCUGGCUACAAAGAGGAGUACGCCCAGCUCAUCAGCCAGGCACAGGCAAUCAAGAGUGAUCUAGAGGCUGUAGAAAUCAAGGUGAACCGCAGCACAGCCCUCCUGAGGAGCCUGUCCCAUGAGCGUGAGCGAUGGGAGACAGGCAGCGAGUCCUUCAAGGCACAGAUGGCCACCAUCCUGGGUGAUGUGCUCCUGUCCUCUGCCUUCAUGGCUUACGCCGGCUACUUUGACCAGCAGAUGAGGCAGAAUCUCUUCAACAGCUGGGCAUCUCACCUCCAAGCAGCUUGCAUCAAGUACAGAUCUGACAUUGCCCGUGUGGAGUAUUUGUCUAAUGCUGAUGAGCGCCUUCGCUGGCAAGCCAAUGCCUUACCCUCUGAUGACCUGUGCACUGAGAAUGCCAUCAUGCUGAACCGCUAUAACCGGUACCCACUCAUCAUUGACCCCUCAGGUCAAGCCACAGAGUUUAUACUCAAUGAAUACAAAGACAAGAAGAUUACCAAGACCAGUUUCCUGGAUGAUGCAUUCCGCAAGAAUCUGGAGAGUGCUCUUCGAUUUGGCAACCCACUUCUUGUACAGGAUGUUGAGAACUAUGAUCCUAUCUUGAACCCUGUGCUGAACCGUGAAGUGCGUCGUACUGGAGGUCGUGUGCUCAUCAGUUUGGGAGAUCAGGAUAUUGAUUUAUCACCAGCCUUCAUGAUCUUCCUGUCUACAAGGGACCCAACCGUGGAGUUUUCGCCAGACAUCUGCUCCAGAGUAACCUUUGUCAAUUUCACUGUUACUAGGAGCAGUCUGCAGAGCCAGUGUCUAAAUCAGGUGUUAAAAGCUGAACGCCCUGAUGUUGAUGAGAAACGAUCUGAUCUUCUCAAGCUCCAAGGUGAAUUCAACCUACGUCUGCGCCAGCUGGAGAAAUCCUUGCUGCAAGCUCUGAAUGACACUAAGGGACGUAUACUGGACGAUGACAGUAUCAUCACCACCCUGGAGACACUGAAGAAAGAGGCAGCCGAAGUGACUCGCAAGGUGGAGGAGACAGACGUGGUCAUGGCAGAGGUUGAGACUGUCUCUCAGCAGUAUCUGUCCCUAGCUCAGUCCUGCAGCAGCAUCUAUUUCACCUUGGAGGCUCUGAAUAGGGUGCACUUCUUGUACCAGUACUCAUUGAAGUUCUUCUUAGAGAUAUUCAACUCCGUGCUGUCAGAGAACGAGCACCUGAAGAACGUGAGUGAUCAUAAUUCACGCCUGUCCAUCAUCACCAAGGAUCUGUUCCAGGUAUGCUAUAACCGUGUAGCUCGUGGUAUGUUGCAUCAAGACCGCAUCAUGUUUGCCAUCCUCCUAUGCCGUAUAAACCUGAGGGGUGUCUCCAGUGAGGCCGACUACACUGCUGAAUUCCAGCACUUCCUGCGUGGUGCUGAGCAGACCAUUCAGACAACCAAACUGCCCAAAUAUGAAGGCAUGUCUAACGAGCAGGUAGAAUCUAUGCUUCGUCUGGCCAAACUCGCCAACUUUGAAGGCCUGCUACAGUUUGUUGAAUCCAAGCAGCCUGAAGACAUGUUUGGUUCGUGCAGCCGUCGGAAUUUCAGUGAGUGGUCAGAGAGUGUUGGACCAGAGAAUAAUGUCCCAGCCUGUUGGAAGGAGAUCACUCCACUGAGUUCCAUUGGUCAAGCUUUGCACCGUCUGCUCGUCAUUCAGACAUUCCGACCCGACCGUCUCCUGGCCUCCUGUCAGCUCUUUGUGUCAGCUGUCUUCGGGGAGCAGUUUCUCCACUCAGCUGAGCAAGAGCUGGAUUUGGCCAACAUGGUGGAAGAUGAGUUGAAGUGCAGUACUCCCAUCUUGAUGUGCUCUGUGCCUGGUUAUGAUGCCAGCAGCCGAGUAGAAGACCUGGCAGCUGAGGUCAACAAAGGCUUGUCUUCAAUUGCUAUCGGGUCUGCUGAGGGUUUCAGUCAAGCAGACAAAGUCAUCAAUUCUGCCUCCAAGACUGGAAAAUGGGUGAUGUUGAAGAACGUUCAUCUGGCUCCCCAGUGGCUGGUCCAACUGGAGAAGAAGUUGCACAGUCUGUCCCCACAUCCCAGUUUCAGACUCUUCUUGACCAUGGAGAUCAAUCCUAAGGUUCCAGUUAACCUGCUGCGUGCUGGCCGUAUCCUAGUCUUUGAGCCACCUCCAGGUGUUAAGGCUAACCUGCUCAAGACCUUCAGCACUGUCCCGGCAUCACGCAUGAACAAGGCCCCCAAUGAGCGUGCUCGCCUGUACUUCCUGUUGGCCUGGCUCCAUGCCAUUGUCCAAGAGAGGUUGACGUAUUCUCCUCUAGGAUGGGCCAAGAAGUAUGAGUUCAGUGAUUCUGACUUACGAUGUGCCUGUGACACCUUGGAUAUCUGGAUUGACACAGCUGCCAAGGGUCGAUCCAAUCUUCCCCCAGACAAGGUGCCGUGGGAUGCUCUGCAAACACUCUUGUCACAGUGCAUCUAUGGAGGCCGCAUUGACAAUGACUUUGACCAGCGUCUCUUGACCGCCUUUGUCAACAAGUUGUUCCGGGUCAGCAGCUUUGAGUCGGAGUUCUCUCUCAUCAAAGAUAUUGAUGGCAAGGGCAGGAAUGUCAACAUGCCGGAUGGCAUCAGGCGUGAGCAGUUUGUGCAAUGGGCAGAAGGACUUCCUGAGAACCAGACACCAUCUUGGCUAGGACUGCCUAAUAAUGCAGAGAAGGUGCUGCUGACCAACCUAGGAGCUAGCAUGAUCUCCAAGCUGCUCAAGAUGUCCAUGCUGGAUGAGGAAGAUGAUUUUACUACCUCUUCCACGGAGAGAAAGAAACGACCUGGUUCCACCUCCGAUGGUCGACCAGCCUGGAUGCGCAUCUUACAUACAUCCGUCAAGAACUGGUCGUCCAUAAUUCCCAAGUCACUGACUCUGCUCAAGCGUACAGCAGAUAACAUCAAGGACCCCCUGUUCCGCUUCUUUGAGCGGGAGAUCAACCACGGUGCCACUUUGCUGCGUGAUGUACGCACCGACCUGCAGAAUGUAGUCCUGGUCUGUGAAGGCAAGAAGAAGCAGACCAACCAUGACCGUGAGCUGAUCGGCGACCUAGCCAAGGGAAUUCUGCCAAAGAGUUGGAAUCGCUACACUGUGCCUGCCGGUCUGACCGUCAUCCAGUGGGUGUCAGACUUCAGUGAGAGAGUCAAGCAGCUACAAAAGAUAGCUACUGCAGCAAGUAGCGGUGGAGCCAAGGAGCUGAAGACUCAAGAUGUGUGGCUGGGUGGACUAUUCACACCAGAGGCUUACAUCACUGCUACCAGGCAGUUUGUGGCUCAAGCUAACAGCUGGUCUCUUGAAGAACUCAACCUUGUGGUGACAGUUUCUGAUCCAGGCCAGCAGCUUAAGAUGGAUGACUGCAGCUUUGCUGUUACAGGCCUGAAACUGCAGGGUGCCAAUUGUAAGGGAAACAAGCUGUAUAUCACAUCCAUCAUCUCCACAGAUCUGCCUCCGACGGUCUUCAAGUGGGUUCGAGGAACUUCUGACGCAAAGAAGAAGGUGUUGCUGCCAGUUUACCUGAACCAGACCAGAGCAGAACUCCUCUUCACCGUGAACAUUGAGAGUGGAGAUGCCGAAGGCACGAACAAGGGACAUAGUUUCUAUGAGCGGGGCGUAGCGCUUCUUUGCAGUGGGCUGUCUGCAUGAAAGGCGGCAGCCAAAAUGUGGGAAAUGGAUAUUCCAGGGACUUUAGCACAGCAAAGAACCAUCAUGUACCAUUAUGUCAUGGCUGAUUAACAUGGCCUUUUCCUGUCAAGCUCCAUUCAUUGAUCUGCAGUAAUUUAAAUACAGUUAGUUGAAGGUAAUGCAUACAUUCAGUUUAUAAAACAAAUGUAAAAAAGUUGGGUGAAAGCUGUUCCUGGUGUAUGCUGGACUGCAGCACAGGAUAUAUUUGUGUGGGGUUGUGUCCACAUGGUACUGUAAUACUUAAGAAUAUGCGUGUAAUCCAACUAUAUAGACAAUGACGACGAUGUGUUCUAGCGGGAAACUUGGCAGUUAUUUUCUUGUAAUUGGUGGGUAUUUACAAAAUUCAUCACCUUCACGGAUGAUGAGGUUGUAUUUAAGACCUUGAUUUACUUGCAUGAUUAGAUUUUAGAUGAGGAAGUCAGAUACCAUUAACAUAGAUGUGAAUUUUAACAACACUUCUGAUGUUUCUUGUCAUUGAGAAUCAUAGCAGAUACUACAUGGGGAUGAAUAGUAGAGAAAAGAAAUUUGAGAAGAGAAAUGGGGGAUUCAAAUCAGGAUUUGUGAGUUUUUGAUGCAUAUUUGAUAUUUAAAUGGGCUCUAGCUGUUAUCAUCUUAGAUUUUAAAUGGCUGAGGAAGUAAAAUAGGAGGAAGAAAAUACAAAAUACUUUUCUUUAGCAAGUAGUGCACGAUAUUUGUCAUCUUUGUGUAGAUUUAAGUCAUAAUGUCUGCAUGUGAAACAAAAUAUUGGCUGUUUUGAUUGACUUACGUUGAAAAAAAAACCUACUUUAAUGUUUAAACCUUGUGGGUCAAAAAUCCUCAGUUUCUGUAAACUUUUUGUUUUCUUUAAUACUUAUCACAUCUUAAUAGUGGUAAAAGGAAAAGAAUUUACUGCAAUACAAAGCUAGCCACAGCUGAAAAUAGAAAUCUAGAAAAUGUUUAGAAUAUGUGGCUGAUUUAGUUGGAUAUCUUUAGACGAGUUAAUGCUCUACAUGUACAUGUAUGUUAGAGGAAAGGAAAUGACAAGUUUGCUAACAAUUAAAGUUCAGUGUCGUGAAAGUACAGUGUAGCUGUCCAUAAGGUAACUAAGGAAAUUAUUGUUGGAAAGCAUAUUUGUUUAAUGAUAGUUAUGGGACUAAGCUCCCUGUAGAAUAGUUCUUUCAGGAAAGCUUACAUUUUUCGAAAGAAAUGACUGGAGGCCAUUUCCAAUGUCUAUAAUCAAUGCGUUUUUGGAAAUUGCCAGUAGUAGUUCAUUUUUGAUUUGGCAGAGUACGUGCAAGCCUUCACAUGAUCUGCAUGGUUGCUGUCAUCUAUUACGUCAGUGUGCUUAACUGCAGUCAUCUGAAUUACAGCGUUUCCUGAACACUGAAUUGGAGAGCAGAACAAACCAUGACUGCAACUUUUGAUUUUAGCUUUUCAACACUUUUUAGCCACAAGGAAAUGUAAUGCACAAAUAGCAAGUGAAUGACCUAUAAAUGAUAACACCUUAUUAUGAAGUUUGAUAUUUGGUUAAUGCUGUGGAUAAUUUUAAUGGUGUAUUUCUUCAAGAAUUCCCUUUAAAACAUAAAUGCAUGCUACAUAUACCACAAUUAAACGUAAUGAUCUUUAAAUUUAAAGUAGGUAUUUACACAUUGAUCAAGUUUUGGUUUGGGGUUUUUUCAUGUUUCUUUUUUUUUUAAUAUAUUUUAUUGUCUGUUGUGAUUAAAUGAAAGAAUAGACUAGAA